GUUUCACGUUACAAUCAGUAUCAGCCCAACCAUGAACCAGAUAAUAAUCAUCGGUCUCACCAUAAUUUCUCUGUUGCAAACCACGUUUGCAGACGAUACCACUUUAAUUCCUGAUGACACCACUUUGGUUCCUGAUGACACCACUUUGAUUCCUGAUGACACCACUUUAAUUCCUGAUGAUACCACUUUGAUUCCCGACGAUGAUGACAAUUGCAAAAUAUGGACCUGUGCUGCCACCUUGUGUUUACAUGUGUUGCCAUGCCCUCGUGGUACUACUUUGGUCGGCGGACGGGGCUAUUGUGGAUGUUGUAAUGAAUGUGUUACCCCACAGUUAGGUGAUCCGUGUUACGAAGACGGUAUUACUAGACUGCCUACCUGUGGUAAACUGCUAAAAUGUGACAUAAGGACCAGGACUUGUGUGCAGAGAUGGAUAAAGUGGGAAAAAUAAUGAUGUAUGAUGUUUCACUUGCUCUUAUGUAUAUAAUAAUUAUUGUCUUAAAUGCAUUAUAUUAUGUACCUAUAAGGGUAAACUAAUAAAGAUUAUAUACAUGCAA